UGAUUAACGAGCUGUUGAAAAGGUGUACCUAAUAAAGUGUCCGGCGAGUGUAUAUGUCUAGUUUGAUGUAUUAACGUGCUCGGUUUUACUGUUAGAGUGGCGUGUGGCAUGUUAAACACGCGGGAGCGUCUCACUGUACCAGCCCAGGUGGCAGCAGCAGCAUGGCCGGCAGACGGACACACAGACAGACAGACAGACAGACACUGGUCAUGCCAUUUUCCAUGUGCCUUCCUUGCUGGGGGGCGAGUUUGCGCCCCGCUAGAGGAGAGCGCAGCUAUUUUGAAAGUGACCCCUCAUUCAGGCAGCGACUCUGCAGCUGUCAGGAACCAUGACUGAAGAUGACGGAUUCUGUUGUCGUGGAGGGAUACGCCAGACUCAGAGACGGGAAAAAGGUUGCUUUUACUUUGUCUUAAUAUGCGGAUAUCUCCUAUGCACACUUUGACCAGUGCUUUAAAACCCCCCAAAAACUUUUCUUUUGUUUCACAGUGGAAAACUAGGUGGCUCGUGCUCCGCAAACCGUCGCCUGUAGCAGACUGCCUCGUGUUGCUGGUUCUUAAAGACAAAUCAGAGAAAGUUCACGGCAACAAGGAGAGGGCGAGCAUCACCUUGGAGGAGAUCUGCGGCUUGGAAGCUGGACAGUGGUAUGAGGGUGUGGCUUUUACUCUGACCAUCCUCUGCCUGAAUCAGGCUGUUUUGCUGGGCUUUGACAGCAGGGAGGCCCUGCAGGCAUGGGACGCCCGCCUGCGAUAUAGCCUAGGAGAAGUUCACAGAUUCAGUGUUGGAGUCUUACCAGGGACCAAGUUGGAGAGCGGGCCUGCAACUCUCCAUUUGUGCAACAAUUUGUUGGCUCUUGCUCGGGAUGUCCCUCCUGUUAUUAUUGGCCACUGGAACCUUCCAGACCUGCGUAGAUAUGGACCUGUACCAAAUGGAUUCGUGUUUGAAGGAGGAACAAGAUGUGGCUACUGGGCUGGUGUUUUUCUGCUCGCAUCUGCUGAGAGCGAGCAGAUCAGCUUUCUAUUCGACUGCAUCGUCAGAGGCAUCUCCCCCACCCGAGGCCCUUUUGGACUGCGGCCCAUUUUGCCAGAUCCUAGUGGCAGCCAGACCACUUCAGAGGAAAAGCUGAACCUCGAGGCCCAGGAGCUAGAGAAACGACUGAGCAUGCUCUCUCAUGGGAGUGGCACAGUCUCUUUGACUUACUGCCCGUCUGCUGGGGGCGACGACCGCAGCAUUUCCGGUUCUUCUGACACUUCAGACACCAGCCACUCAGACUGCAGCAUUGGCAGCCGGCUGGGAAUUUGGACUGAACCGGCUUCCAACCCACCUGAAAACGUCAGCCACACGGGCGCUAAAGUGCCACUGCAGAUCAGCGAGAAGCUUUCCGCCAACCAGGGAGGUGGACACCGGCCUGCGGCUAAGCCGCCCCGGCAACUUCAGGAAAUCGGUCGUCAGAGCUCAUCAGACAGUGGCAUUGCCACUGGCAGCCAUUCCUCGUACACUGGCAGUUUCUCCUCCUACACAGGCAGUCUGGAUAUGACCCCCGGAGAGGACUUUGGUUCUUUUUUAAGCUUGCCUCCACAUUUGGCUCAAGAUCUCAGCCCUUGCACUUGCCCUGCUGUUCCUGGACAUGACUACCAGGUGCCAACUUCACUUAGGUAUGUCUAUGACACUCCCAGGAGUGUUUUACAGGAAGCAGGUGGAGGUGCCAAAGACAAUGAAGCCUCCGCCUCAACUAAAGACCCGCCAGCCCUUUUAGGGUUCACAGCAGAGGCAGCAAAACAGGACAAGAGCAAUGCCACAACCCCUGAGGCUCACUCAGAAGCUACUGAAAGUCAGUCAGUCAGUGAACUCUUUCAGGGCCUUUCAGUGACGAAUAAGAAAACCAAGGUGGCACCCUCUAGUGACUCUUGUAAUACCUGCACCUCCCUCACUUCUGUCUCCAAAACCAUCGUGACCAUCUGCUCUGUAUGCGGUGGAGUUAAGGGGACUCCAUACAGCCCUUCUAGUUCUUCAGUGAUACCUGCCACACCAGAACAUCAUAUUUUCAAUCCAGCAGAUCAAAGUGGUGACAAAUCACCAUGCAGACCCAGUACCAGUGAACACACUGGUGCGGAGAUGAAAAUUCAGGAGACCUCUCCUGGCUCUGAAAUCAUCCACAGUGCGGGGAUGCCAACUGUGAAGAUGAGUGAGGAGUCACGGCUGCCAAAAAAAGGAAGAGAGAAAUUAGCCUGUCUUUUAGCUGAUCUGCUCGGCUUUCCAGGCACAGAUAGCCAGCCAGAGGCAAAGACACACAGAUUGAACCUGUAUGAGUCAAUGAGCCCUGCUUUUGGUAAUGAGCUUAAUUUGGCACCAGCAGUACCAUUACAAGACUCACAGCAAGACAAAAGAGCUGUCAUUUAUGAAAACUGUUUGAAGUGUCAAGGAGAGCGCUGCCAGCCUCCACCACGGGCCGUGCCCGCUCAAAAGUGGCGCAACAGGAACAUUUCCCCUUUAAAAAGCUUUCCGACUUGGCUGCACCUGAAGAAAGGCCAAGAACAUCCAGCUAAUGAGGAGUUACUGUACCUAAAUGAUUCAUCACAGAGCACGGAUGGGCAGUGUUGGUAUGAAGAGAUAAAUGGAUCGACAGUGACCAGUGAAGACAAAAGGCUUAGUAGUAAAGAGGAAAGACGCAGAGCCGAUCCUGCUUAUGAGAUCAUGGAGAGUCGGAUGCUGGAGAGGAACCCAGAGAUACAGGAAAAACACAAGUAUGAACUAAUGGGCAGCUACGGCCAGCAGAGGUUUCUUCAAGAGACUGAAGGGGCCGUGUUUGUGUUCCCCCCAGAGGCUCCGCUUGCUGAAAGACCUCGCGGUGAAGGUGUGACGUAUGUGAAUAUUCCUGUUAGCCCCACGUCCAAGAAGCAGCUCAACUACAUGGAGCUGGAGCUGCAGGAUCCUGUGCAUGGCACUAAAGCGGCUGCCGCACAUCUGCCAGCUCAGAGAAAGAGCUCCACCAAGUACGCCCAGAUUGACAUCACUGCCACAGAGAUGGCCCACAAAGUCGGCACGUUGCACGCUCUGGGUCGGCAGGAGGGCCUGCACACUCUGGAGCUGAGAAGAAAAGGGACGCCACAUUGAAUUUUCCUUCACUCAAACAUUGAUCUCAGCAGGAUUUUUUUUUCACAACAGCAGAACUACAACAUCAGACUAUAAUGUUAGCAAGAAACGUGGCUCUGAGGGCCUUCCUGUGGGAUUCCUUCUCUAUUCUGUUCCAUCUUUUGAAUACAGAUAUCUUUGAAAGCAACCUCAGCCAGUUUACAAAACCCAGAAUACCAGAAAAAUUUAUUCC